AUGUCCAACCACGAUAUCCGAUUGCGCCUCGCCAUCCGGCGUCAUGGCGUGCCGGAAGUCAAGCUCAUCUGGCCAUGUGCUCGGUCUCCAGACAUGACCAUUGCAAAGCUGCUGACUCUGGUUGACGAGGUAGUUCCCUUGGAGAGCAGCGAAUGGGGUCUAGAAGACUAUGCGGUCGAGCUGUCCGACCCGUCAAGAGGGAGCUACGAGUGUCUGCACUUUCAACGGGUUUCGCAGAUUUUGAAGGACGAGGAUGAAGUUGUGAUUCGAUACCUUCUGACCGAUGACAUUCGAAGUCGACGACUGAGCGGCCGCCACCAAAUUUCAACAGACGGGAAACAUCUUGUUGAUGGUCUGGCAUUUGGCCGCCCGUGGCUGCGUGCGCCUCGCGAUCGACCGACUCUGGAACUACCGCCACGCAAAAGGGCACGCAUUGGGAGGCAAGAAAUAGACGAGCCCGAGCAAUUGCUUUUGGAAGGGCCUUCUGCAUUUGAUGGGUCAUCUGCCGGGGUCCAGGCUGCCUCUGAUGAUGAGAGAGAGGACGACGAGGACGAAGAUUUCAACUCUGGUUACGAAGUAGACGAGAGUUUGUCGGAUGAUAGUGACAACGACGGCGACGUAGACUUUUCGUCAGGGGAACUGGAUCAAGAGCUGGCCUUUCUUGCGAAGGACAGAGCUGGCCAUGCAGACGAUGAGUUAUUGUCAAAGGAGCUUCAUAAGGUAGUUGAUGGUUCUGAGAGCAAAGACGACCAAGACGACAAUCACUCUAGCGCCAAUGAAUGUUCUGUGGAAAGUCUCGCUGCUAUUCGACAGGCGUUUCCUCUCUUAUCGUUUUCGACAAUCGAGAAGGAGCUCUUCAGACAGAAACAAAGUUUGCGAAGGACAUACGAUGCGCUACGAAGCUCGACUGCCCCAAGUCUUAGUUUCGACGACAUGAUGGAUCGCAUGGUCACAGGACUCUUGGAGCAAAAUGAAUCGUCACCAGUGCAGCCAGGGAUACCAGAUCUAUUUGGUCGGAGGCCGCAAGCUUCGAAAUCUCUUAUCACGGUGAUAGAAAGCGAGUCGGUGACGUCAACUUCAGAGUUAAACUACGACGAUACCUCAGAUGAUUCAUCCGAUUCCGAUUCCGAUUCCGAUGACGAUGACGAUGAGUCCAAUGAGGACAGCUCGAUCUACGAUGAGGACAGCAGCGAUUCUUCAGAUGAAGACUCUGAAGAAAGCAGCGAUGCAUCCUCCGACGACAGCGCUAGUGACUCUGACGCAUCUGAGUCUGAGUCCGAAAGGGUAUCCACCCAGAUGAUUCCAAGGCAAGCGAAGAUGCUGACAGAAGCCACGGAAAGUGCACCUUACACUGGCCUCACGAGGACACAGAAGCGAAAUGCUCGACGAAAACGAGCCAAACUAUUCAAGGAAGAAGGCACCUCCACGCCAGAGUCGGGGGAUGCCGAGCUCCUCGCCCGAAAGCAAGCAUUAUUAGGCACCCUGUCCGAGGGUCCUCCCUUGGAGGCCGCAGAUAAGUCAAUGAUGGUCAAUGGCAAGGCAGCCGAGACUCCAGAAAAACUUGAGGAUGAUCCGUCGACUUCUGAAAAAGAUUCAUCGGCGCAACGUCGGGUGCGAGUGGACAUGGGUGUGAGCAGAAGGAUGUUAUUCGGUGCAUUGGGCCUCAAGAACCCCAAGUCCAAGGCUGAUGAAGAACGAAUCAAGAAUAAUCUUAUGAAGGACGUCAAACCGCUGAACAACUCCAGAAUCGUAGAGGUUAUCAACGACACGGAGGCAAAGAAAGAAGGCGAAGAAGACGGCGGCGACCCUGACGCAUGGAAGUCAAAGAUUACGUAUCGGGCUGUAGAAUGUUGUCAUGAGGGAAUGGUGCUGUCGGAGCCACCAUUCCCAUUUGUCCAGCGAUGGGACCCUCAGCAGCAAUAUGGGUCGAUGCGGAAACGAAAGAGGGAAUCUCGAGCCUACUACGACGAUUCCUAUGUUGACGAAAGCUCCGCCGUAUUUGCAGACGAGACAGAAUCAAACGAAACAAAGGGUAAUUCCAAGAAGAGAAAAUCAGCAGGCGGUUACAAAGAUCCCUUUGGGAAUCUCGUCAACGGAGUAGAAGAAGCUGCAGACGAUGCACAAAACGACACUGCCCACGAGGUCCAUGAUACAACAACUGAGCAGGAUCUGCCGGCACUACCAGAGGACGUAGGCAGUCUUGCGGUACUCGAGAAAGGCAACAUCAAAGAUGGAAUGGUAAUUACAUGGAAGCAGUGCAUCAUGUCGAAAGCAACUCAAUGGCAGCCAGUGAUUGCAUCAGUGACUGGAGAGGUUUUACCUGGCAGCAGCGAGUCUAGUUUAGAAGUGCGGCUGGCAUUUAGGGAUCGAGAGUACAAGGAGAAGAUUUACGACGACAAGGGCCAGAGAAUAUACGAUAAGUUCGAGGUGCCUGAUUUUGAUGAAGACGAAGAGGACGAGGAUGAUGGGCUUCGGACUGUGUUGUGGGACGAGAUGAUUGAACCCAAGGUCCUUCAGGAAGAGUCACCGUGGGGUAAUGGAGAUGCAUAA